UGCCCCAUCAUUGGUGUCAGUGGGGGGUGGAAUAGUGCCCCAUCAUUGGUGUCAGUGGGGGGUGGAAUAGUGCCCCAUCAUUGGUGUCAGUGGGGGGGGGGGGGAAUAGUGCCCCAUCAUUGGUGUCAGUGGGGGGGGGAAUAGUGCCCCAUCAUUGGUGUCAGUG